GGGCGGGGCUUGCGGGCUCCAGGUUCCCAGCUCCGCGGUGUCCGCGGGACUUCGUACUGCCGGCGGCUCGGCGCAGCCUGAGCGCUCCAGCCAGAAUACUGGGAUCUUCAAUGGCAGGAGACAGAGUGAUCAGAAGACCGAGAUGAAUUUUAACACUAUUCUAGAAGAAAUUCUUAUUAAAAGGUCACAGCAGAAAAAGAAGACAUCGCCCUUAAACUACAAAGAGAGACUUUUUGUGCUAACAAAGUCCAUGUUAUCCUACUAUGAGGGUCGAGCAGAGAAAAAAUACAGAAAGGGAUUUAUUGACGUUUCAAAAAUCAAGUGUGUGGAAAUAGUGAAGAAUGAUGAGGGUGUUAUUCCCUGCCAAAAUAAAUAUCCAUUUCAGGUUGUCCAUGAUGCUAACACACUUUACAUUUUUGCACCUAGUGCACAAAGCAGGGACCGGUGGGUGAAGAAGUUAAAAGAAGAAAUAAAGAACAACAAUAAUAUUAUGAUUAAAUAUCAUCCUAAAUUUUGGGCAGAUGGAAGUUAUCAGUGUUGCAGACAAACUGAAAAAUUAGCACCUGGAUGCGAAAAAUAUAACCUUUUUGAGAGUAGUAUAAAAAAAGCACUACCUCCAGCACCAGAAACAAAGAAGCGAAGGCCUCCCCCACCAAUUCCACCUGAAGAAGAAGACAAUAGUGAAGAAAUCGUUGUAGCCAUGUAUGAUUUCCAAGCAACAGAGGCACAUGAUCUCAGAUUAGAGAGAGGCAAAGAGUAUAUUAUAUUAGAAAAGAAUGAUGUUCAUUGGUGGAGAGCAAGAGAUAAAUAUGGGAGUGAAGGAUAUAUCCCAAGUAAUUAUGUAACAGGAAAGAAAUCAAACAACUUAGACCAAUAUGAGUGGUAUUGCAGAAAUACGAAUAGAAGCAAAGCAGAACAGCUCCUCAGAACUGAAGAUAAAGAAGGUGGUUUUAUGGUAAGGGAUUCCAGUCAACCAGGCAUGUAUACGGUCUCCCUUUAUACAAAGUUUGGAGGUGAGGGCUCGUCAGGUUUCAGGCAUUAUCAUAUAAAGGAAACAACAACAUCCCCAAAGAAGUAUUAUCUGGCAGAAAAACAUGCAUUUGGUUCAAUUCCUGAAAUUAUUGAAUAUCAUAAGCACAAUGCAGCAGGACUUGUCACAAGACUGCGGUACCCAGUUAGUACGAAGGAGAAGAAUGCACCAACCACUGCAGGAUUCAGCUAUGAAAAAUGGGAGAUCAAUCCUUCAGAGCUGACCUUUAUGAGGGAACUAGGGAGCGGACUGUUUGGAGUGGUGAGGCUCGGCAAGUGGAGAGCUCAGUACAAAGUGGCAAUCAAAGCUAUUAGGGAAGGUGCCAUGUGUGAGGAAGACUUUAUAGAAGAAGCUAAAGUGAUGAUGAAGCUGACACACCCGAAGCUGGUACAACUUUAUGGUGUAUGCACCCAGCAGAAACCAAUUUACAUUGUUACCGAGUUCAUGGAAAGGGGCUGUCUUCUGAAUUUCCUCCGACAGAGACAAGGUCAUUUUAGUAGAGAUGUGCUGCUGAGCAUGUGUCAAGAUGUGUGUGAAGGGAUGGAGUACCUGGAGAGAAACAGCUUCAUUCACAGAGAUCUGGCUGCCAGAAAUUGUCUAGUAAAUGAGGCGGGAGUUGUGAAAGUAUCAGAUUUUGGAAUGGCCAGUUUGACUGUGUCGACUUCUUUUUCUGAAGCCUAUUGAAUAGCUGUUUUUAAACAACAUCUUUUGUUCCAUUAGCAAAAUAUUUGUAGUAUCCAUCAUUUUCAUAGGAAGACUAAUUGAUUUUUCUGCUUCUUCGUGUGUUUUUGAUGUAAGGCAAUAAAAUAGAUUAUAUUUUGAAAAAUUUCUUUGUUGAAUGUAUCCAUUUUACUGUUACUGUGGGCUUUCUCUCAGGUAAACAAAUUGUUGACAAAUGAUGACUGUUUCAUGAUUCAUUAUGUGGUGUCAGGUGAUAGUGACAUUAGCUUGUAGAAUUAAUAAGCACAGGAAUAAUCUGCAGUGAUGAAGUAGAAAGGAAAUCUUGUUAGCUGUUCGGAGAUAAAUUCAUUCAUUAAAAAACAAAGUAUACAUUAUGAUGUUAAUCAUUCUCUCCACUAGGUGGGAGUAUAGUCUGUUAGAUAUUCUACUUUCAUUUCUCCCUGGCGGUGGGUUAGAUUUCUAGCGUCUUUUGUUUUCACAGAAAUGUGUUUAGGAGUAAAGUUCUUAGAAUACCUAGUCUGUUGUGUUUUUAUUCUCAAUUUUUGUAAUUUUAAUAGAGUGUUAGAAAAGACCUUUAAAAAGUAUUGUUUGUCCUCUCCCUCCUCUGUCCAUUCCCUCGUCCAUACAUCCAUCCUUAAAAACACUAGGUACCUACUGUGUACAGGGUGUUAGGCUGAACCAUAGCAGAGAAGAAGGCAUAUGAGCCCCUGUCAUAUGCAGCUUAUAUUCAGGAGGAGAGAGAGACAUAAGACCUGAGAGAAUCGCAAAGAGAGGAAAACCCAGUGAUGGGACCAAGUGAGUGUCAGCACACCAAGGCCUCUGGCCCAAAUGUGACCCAACACUUCUUUUUGUUCAGCUUGUGAGCCAACAAUGGUUUUCCAAUUUUUAAGAUUUUAUUUAUUUAUUUGAGAGAGAGAGACAGAGCAACAGAGAUAGCAAGAGAGAGCACGAGCAGGGAGGAAAGGGAGAAGCAGGCACCC